GGCGUGUUAAAGAGCCGGACACGUCGGCAAGCCCCGCCUGUUCCGGUCGACGCGGACGCCAUUUUGUGUGUGAGAGAAGGAGAAGAGGAAGGAGGGAAAGCGCCGCCGUCCGGGAGCGUCACCGCGGGCCCUUCGCUGCCACCGCCAUCACCCGCCGUCUGUUCCUCUUGGACCCUUCCCCUCCCUAGGCCUAUCCCCGUCCCUUCCUCGCCGCCGGGCAUCCCCGCCAUGCCCUCCUCGCCGCUCCGGGUGGCUGUGGUUUGCUCCAGCAACCAAAACCGCAGUAUGGAGGCCCACAAUAUCCUCAGUAAACGUGGCUUCAGUGUUCGAUCCUUUGGGACUGGGACUCACGUGAAACUACCAGGACCAGCACCGGACAAGCCAAACGUUUAUGAUUUCAAAACGACAUACGAUCAGAUGUACAGUGACCUGCUUAGGAAAGACAAAGAACUCUAUACACAGAAUGGGAUUUUGCACAUGUUGGACAGGAACAAGCGGAUCAAGCCACGGCCGGAAAGAUUCCAGAACUGUAAAGACGUCUUUGAUUUGAUCUUGACGUGCGAAGAAAGGGUCUAUGAUCAAGUAGUAGAAGACUUAAAUUCUAGGGAACAGGAGACGUGUCAGCCUGUACAUGUGAUCAACGUGGACAUUCAGGAUAAUCACGAGGAAGCCACGUUGGGAGCGUUCCUUAUCUGCGAACUAUGUCAGUGUAUACAGCAUACGGAAGAUAUGGAAAACGAAAUAGAUGAGCUGUUACAAGAAUUCGAAGAGAAAAGUGGAAGGACUUUUCUGCACACGGUCUGCUUUUAUUAAAAGCACGCCUGUCUCUUCCUCUUAGGCCUUACUGCAGAUGAAAGAAGCAUGUGUUGGUUCCGAUUCCACUGGACUUUUUUCUCCCAACCUUUUGGAGCAGCGAACUUAACGGCCUCUUUCAUUGUUGCUGUUGAAUUUCUCCCCACCCGCCCCAAGUUCCGGCGUGUGCGCAUGUAUGUCUGUAUGUGUGUGCGUUUUGUUUUGUUUUAGUUUCUAAAUGUUUCUGGGGAUGUUUCUGUACAGAAACACAAGCAAACGUUGCGUAUAAAAUAAAAGAAAGUCUAUACAUAAAACGCUGCUUUAUUUAAAAGAUUUUUUUUAAAAAAAUGACGAUUUUUGUUUAACUCUUCCCCAUUUCCUCUCUUCCCCCCCCUUCCUUCAGAUAUCCUACUUUAAUUGUUAUAAGUAGGGUUUUAAUUAUAAAGAGACUAUUUGCAGAUGAUAUUUAUAUUUUCAACUGCGAAGAUCUUAUGUGAAUUUCAGUUGUCUUUUUUUGUUUGCGGGGGGCACAGGAGGAAGGUGUUUUUCUUUUAAUGCAACAGAACUGAACGGCUGGGAUAUGCAAGUGUGAAUGGGACGAUUAAUAUCUGUAUAAUAUUAGGAAUGCCAUUGGACCUGUCCAAUAAAUAGAAAUUGCUCGGUU